AUGCAAAAGGUUAGCAGUGGAGGCGGCGGCACGCCCACAGGGCAAAAUGCGGCUCCAUUUUUCUCGACGCUCUUCGGCACUUCGUUCUCCAGCAUAACGACGACAGCGACGACGCCCACGACGACCCUUCUCGCGACAACAGCCACCCGUUCACGACCCAACACGAGCGCCGGCGAACAGCACUCGUCGCCGUCGCCGCCCAGCCUGUCACAGGUCCCGCUGCCCAGCGCCGCCGAACAGCAGCAGCAUCGCCGCCACGUCCUCACAAAAGAUCGCCGUCCUUCGCUCAACAAGAAGCCAUCCUUCUCACGACGCCGGGCCUCCUCGUCGGGCGGUGUGGCCGUCAACUUCCUCUUCCACCAGACAGGCAACGUCCUCUCCAACGGCAACGGCAACAGCAACAGCAACAGUAACAACAGCAGCGGCAGCAGCAACAACAUCAACCAAAAUCCUUUGCUUAUUGACACCGACGUCAGCCUUCCUCCACCCAUUCCGGCGACUCCUACCGUGGUCUCUGCCACCCCUACGGCGCUCUCUGCGAGUCCGCUUCCCCGAAGCGAGCCGUCUCAGGUACCUGGAAAGAUGUUGAGCUCGUCGUUUGGCGGCACCAAUGGCGGCGCCACCGGGCUGGGAAUCAACGGGAUGUCGGCCUCGGGCCUAACUUCUGCCAAUGGCCAGCUCGCAUUGCCCACUGUCUUCAGCCAGCCGUCAGAGGCAAGUCUGGUGCAUCAACAUAUCCUGGAGAUGGCUGCCAAGCGGAUCUCGACUCUAGAAUACCUACGGAAAGCCCACGAAGGUCGAGUCUACUGGUUCAACACUCUUCGCUUCGACCGGCCAGACUUCAACCGCAUGCCCUAUUUUGAGGCUCGCCGGCUCGCCCGUCGCGCCACCAACUACCUGCUUCUCGGGCUCUCGCUGCCGGCCGUCGUCGAUCUCAACUCAUCGUCUGCCCUGGAGCUGUUGCGCAGCCUCAGCGCCCUGCUGGUCGAGUUCGAGGCCUACCAGCAGCUGCACUCGGAGACGGGGACCAGCAGCGCUGCAAGCUCGCUGUCGCGGGCCGCCCGACUGCCGCAGAUGUUCCGCCGCGCCGCGCCGAGCUCAAAGACCCGGAGGACGAGCAACAGUGCGGCCUCCGGGUCCGGCGACAUGAGCAGCAUGGGCGGAGGAGGCACCAUGGGCAUGGGGGGAUCAGGCAACGGAGGAAGUGGCAGCGGCUAUAUCAUCGGCUCGCCCGACGGUGCCUCUAUGGGCGCCGACGCCGUCAACGGCAGCACCCUGACGCUGGUGGCAACCGACGGGGCUCUCGCCGGCGGCAUCGGCGGUGGAGCCGGAAACAGCACAGCUUCAACCUCGGCAGCCUCGACGGCCUUUGUCACCCACUACGACAACAACGCGGACCUGCUGCCCGGCGAGGAGUACACCUUUCUGCUGACGCCCAGCCUGCCUUUCGAUCCUGACUUUUUCGAGACGUUUGUCACGCUGUGCGACGUCCUGAUCGACUGCUACACCCGCUUGCUGAGCCUGCUGCCCACGCCGCGCGACUGCUCCGGUCACGUGGCCGAGCAGUUCGCAAAGGCCGACGCCCGCAUCCGCAAGCUGCUGGUGCAAAACGUCGUCAAGGAGUUUGAGGACCACAGCCGCGCCGGCGUCAAGACCGAGGUCGCCAACGUCGGCAGGGUCGUCCUCUCCGGCCUGAUGUGA